AUGGAACGAAAACAAUUUAUUAGCAAUGCUCAACAUGUAACGAUGAAUAACAAGGAAUUUCAACAUCAAAAAAAUAUUCCAGAGUUCUCAUCGUUUGAACACCAAAAAGAAAAUAUAUUACCAGUAAAACAAGGUAGAAGUGCAGCUGCUUUGUCCCAAAUAUUUUCAAGUGAGCCUUCUGCACUUUAUACAGAGCUUCAAGCUGGUCAUGACAAGUUUAAUGCGGAACUUGAAAAUCUUGACGAGCUUGAUGAUCCUUUUGAUGUUUACGAUCGUUACAUAAAAUGGACAAUGGAGAAUUACCCACAAGCGUCUGGUCCUCAUUCAAAAGUGUGUCAACUUCUGGAGCGGGCAUCAAAUAGUUUUAUAAAUGAUGCGCGAUAUAAAAAUGAUCCUAGAUAUUUGAGGUGUUGGCUACAGUAUUCUAAACAUAUUAGAAGACUUAAGGAACAUUUUGCGUUCUUAAAAUCUAAUGGAAUUGGAUUAGACUUGGCCACUUAUUAUGAGGAAUAUGCCGAAUUAAUGGAAGAGAUGAAAUGCUUUAAAGAAGCGAAUGAAAUUUUUGAAACGGGGAUAAGUCGAAGGGCACAGCCACUUGGACGUCUGAAUAAGCGUUACAAGCAAUUUCUAACACGGAUGGCGUCGAAUGGCGUAAACUUUAAUACUUCAGUAACACAAUCAAAUCUGAAUCCACGGCGAACUAUCCUUGGUUCCAAAUCUUCAGCAUCCUCUACCCAAUCACAACCAAUGAAUGUCUUUCAUCAAAGGAAUCCAACUUCACAAGUUGUUUCCGAUGUUGGGGGUACAAGUGUUAUUUCAAAUAUUAACAAUAAUAGUAGAAAGUUAGAUAUUUUCUACGACCCUAAUGGUGAAGUAGGAAAUGCUGCAUUAACAUCUACAGAUAGCAGUACUUCAACAUGGAAUAAUUAUGGAACAUACUUGACUAGGAAAAAAGAAGAUAUUCGAGAAGCAGAACAAUGGAGAGGGGUGACCUUACCUCAAAAUAAAAAGGUUGACACGCCGAUGGUUGCUAAGCUUGAAGUUUAUCACGAUAAGUCUGUUGAACAUGGUUCAACAAGUGUUCGCCAAGGUAAAGAACAAGUUAAUCAAAAAGAAACGACAUUUCAAGAGAAAAUACAAAAACAGGUUAAACGAUAUGAACUAGGACAGAAAGAAAGAUGGAAUAUAAAAAUUAAUGAUUUUUAUGAUGAAAAUGACGGUGAAAUUUCCUUUGAAGAGAAGAGAGCUAAGGCUUUGGAAUUACUAGAAGUAAAAUUAAUUGAAGACAAGUUUAAUUAUUUGAAACCUCAAGAGAAGAAUAUAAAUGAUAAAAAAAAGAUGAGCUGUAAUAUUGAAAACACUUUAGAAACGAAACAUCUUGUAACAGAGGCUAAGUCACCAGUUAAUGAAAAGAUCACAAUAAUUCAACCAAGGAAAAAAGAAUGUAAUGAUAUUGACGAAUACAUUAUACCAGCUCACAAGAUAAAUCGAUUAUCGUCGGAUAUGAAUGAAAUCGUCAAAAAACCAUCUCCGACUAUAUGCACAAAGGCUGCAUUAUCAGACAUAAUAGGGAUGUUUACAUUUACUCAACCAUCAAAAGAUAUUCCAAAUCAUGAUAUUGAUGAAGAAAAUGUCUCUCCAAAUUCUAAUGUUGUUCAUAAUCAAAUAACGAAGAGUAAUAAUAUUCAAAUACCAUCAAAGAUUUCGCAAAUUGAUGGGCGUGAGGAAGUUGAAAAUAAUUGUGAAAAUAAAUCGAAGAAUUUUGAUACUAUUACAGCAACAACAAAUACCACUCCAUCACAUGAGUUCGAAAAGCAUGUGCUCACCGAAGUAAAAUCUUUUACAAAUUCAUCAGGAUUCGGCGAUACUAGGGCUGAUUCGAUGUCUCCAAUAGAAAUUACAGAAGACGACCCUUUGGAAUCACAAACUUUUCCGAAGCUUUCAAAUCCGUGUAAUCCACUUGACCGUAAGGUCAUUGAACAAUUUUUGGCCGCCAUUCAACCACCCGUAAAUCGUUAUAAAGGAUUUUAUGAUGCUCGGUCACAUACUUUCAAUCAUGGAUUAAAGAUAGAAGAAAUUGCGCGUUCUUGGAAAGUACAAAGCCGACGAGGUACAAAUGCCUUGGUAAACGAUGAUAAACCUGUCAUAUUCUUUAAUGAUUCGUUCCUUAUACGCCAAAAAGUUGACGAAGGUGGAUACGGGAAAAUCUAUCGUGUUUUGGAUAUGAAGGAUUUUGCAGGUGAUCAGGACGAAAAGAAAUCAUCACGUGCAUUAAAAAUCGAAACACCUUCAAGUGCCUGGGAAUUUUACAUUAUACGACAAUUACAAGAAAGAAUUAUCUCUCCGACUAUUGACUCUAUUAUUUCUGUACAUUCUUUGUAUCGUUACAAGGACGAAAGUUAUAUGGUGAUGGAAUUUUGUCACCAAGGGACGAUUUUGGAUGCUAUUAAUAAAGCUAAAAAGGAUAACUCGCAGAUGGAUGAACUUUUGGUAUUUUUCUUUACAGUGGAACUAUUGAAAACAAUGGAAUCAAUUCACCAGGCCGGAAUAAUACAUGGUGAUAUCAAAGCAGAUAACUGUAUUUUGAGGUUGGAACCAAUAGAAGAAUGGGAAUCAAUAUAUGAUCCAUCUGGAACGAAUGGGUGGUCAAAGAAAGGGAUAAAAUUGAUUGAUUUUGGGCGUUCUAUUGACGUGACAUUAUUUUCUGAUGAUAUGAAAUUCAUAGCCGAGUGGGUAACGGACGAUCAUGAUUGCGUUGAAAUGCGUGAGGGUAGGCCCUGGAAAUGGCAAGCCGACUAUUAUGGGCUGGCCGGAGUUGUACAUUGUAUGCUACAUAAUCAAUAUAUGCAAAUUACUCCAAUUAUAGCAGAAUCGAAUAAUUUGAUGUCCGGACCAGCAACAAUGGCGGUGAAAAGAUAUAAACCAAUACUUUCAUUUAAGCGAUAUUGGCAAGGAGAACUUUGGCAAAAGUUAUUUGAUUUGCUUUUGAAUCCUUUAUUAGUGAAAAAAGAUGGACAAAUGCCAAUUACGCAAGAAUUGAAAAAUAUUCGUGAGGAAUUUGAACAGUAUUUAAUACAAAAUUGUGAAAAGAACGGAAAGAGUUUAAAAGGAUUAUUGAAAAAAUUAGAAAUGUCCCGGUAG